AUGUUUUCCAGAUCUCUAUUCAGAACCCCAGUUUUAAGAAGAAUGGCUAUUGCCAGGACUUCUCCAAUCGUUGGGAAGAGUAUGACCAUUCAACCUACUCUAUCGAAGUUCCAACUAAGAAAUUACUCGGAGUCGCAACACGAUAACGAGACCUUCGAGGAGUUCACAGCAAGAUUCGAAAAGGAAUUCGAUGAUGCUUACGAUCUCUUCGAAGUCCAAAGAGUCUUGAACAACUGUUUCUCUUACGAUUUGGUUCCUGCUCCUGUCGUUAUUGAAAAGGCUCUGAAAGCCGCUAGAAGGGUCAACGAUCUUCCAACCGCGAUUAGAGUCUUUGAAGCUUUGAAGUAUAAAGUUGAAAAUCAAGCUCAGUACGAAGCCUAUUUGGACGAAUUGAAGGAAGUAAGAGAAGACCUGGGCGUCCCAUUAAGAGAGGUAUUGUUUAAUGCUGAGACUGCCCAGCCUCAUCACAACUAA